UGUGAAGAGGGUGAGGGGUGAAAGGUGUCGCGAUGUGGUUUUGCGGUGGUAUAGUUGAGUAUAUCAGCACUUUAUGCUUACGAAAAAAGGAGGAAUUUCUCUUUUUGCAUGAAAGCGUUGAUGUGCAUUCAAUAACUGCUAUUUAAAGCGCACGGCUUGUGAAAGUGCACCGAUUUCUAAGUUAUUAACAUCGUUUUUAACCACUAAAGCUGCAAAUGUAAGGAUUAAUCAGUCACCAAGAAUGACGUCUACAUUUCAUGUCCGGAGAAUUGUUUGCAUUUUUCUUGGUCUCUGCUUCAUAUAUAUUGGAGUACAGAUUGCUAGAACACAUUUUGGGUAUACUUAUAUAGAUGACAGUGACAGAGAGGCCAGACUGAAAUAUAUAUCCAGCAUGAUUCAAGCUUCUCCUGAUGAGACAUGGCGAAAACUUGCAGCUGGAGGCCAGGCAUGUAGACAUCCCUAUCUGGAAGUAAACAAUCCAGAUAUAAUGAAAUUCAUCAAAGAUCUUGGACCUAUAAAGUGCUCAGAUGAACAAGAUUGGGUUGAGAUGGAUGGCAGUACUGCUCGUAUAACAAGUACUGCACGCAAAAAGUAUGGAGACAUUGAGUGUGGGUUUACAGAUAUAUUUCGUGAUAGUGAUCAUGCCACACAUGAUGGUGUAACAACUCAAACACAUACAGAGUACCACUUGGAGGAGUCUGAUUUUGUGAAAGUCAACUGCAUAUCAAGUAAAGGUUACACAUGGCACAGUGUUUUGGCAGGAAUACGCCAUGAUCAAGAUGUUUUGGAUCGCACUGGUUGGGAUAAACUACCACAUGAUGCUCUCAGACUGAAUGUUCUGAUGUUUGGAUUUGACUCAUUGUCUCACAAUAUGUUCAUCAGAAAAAUGCCACAGUCUUAUAAGUUUCUUACUGAAAACCUGAAUGCAAUUGAACUACAUGGAUAUAAUAUUGUUGGAGAUGGAACACCACAAGCACUCAUCCCUAUUCUUACAGGGAAGAUUGAACUGGAACUCCCAGAAACAAGAAAAAGAAUGGGUGACAAAGCUUCCUAUGUUAAUGUCUAUCCAUUUUUGUGGAAGGAAUAUCAAUCCAGUGGCUAUGUUACAGCUUACAUGGAAGACUGCCCAAGCAUUGGCACAUUUACCUACAGACUGAAGGGAUUCAGUGACCCUCCAACUGAUCACUACAUGAGGACAUAUUAUGUUGCUGCAGCGCCAGAGUUUUCAAAACACAAGAAAUAUUGCAUGGGCUCGAUCCCAAGACACAAGAUAAUGAUGAAUUAUAUCAGUCACUUCUUUAAAGUUUAUAAGUCAAAACCAAAGUUUAUGUUUGGAUUCCAUGGUGAAUUGUCUCAUGAUUCAUAUAAUGAUGUGGGAGCAGCUGAUGGGGAUCUGCUCGAAAUGAUGAAGUCAUUGCAUAGAGAAGGCCAUCUUAACAACACUGUAUUUAUCAUCAUGAGCGAUCAUGGCCACCGUUUUGCAGAUAUUCGAAACACUGAUCAAGGUAAACAAGAGGAAAGACUACCAAUGUUUGCUUUUGUCUUUCCACCUUGGUUCUCAAACAAAUAUCGUGAAGCUGUGGAAAACUUUAAGCGAAAUUCUGUGAGGCUGACUACACCAUUUGAUAUUAAUCCAACACUUAGAAAUGUGCUACACUUUGAAGGAGCCGGUAGAGGCAAUAUACGCAGUAGGUCCAUCAGCCUUUUCAAAGAGAUUCCCUUGGAACGGACAUGUUCUGAUGCCUAUGUAGAGGCUCAUUGGUGUGCAUGUCUUGACUGGCAAGAGGUUAGUCUAGAAGACAAGACUGUCAAGAAAGCUGCUGAAACGUUUGUAGAUUUCUUGAACAAGUUUACCAGUGAACGGCGUCAUUUGUGUUCACCAUUACAUCUUGAACAUGUGCAGUGGGCUGCUCGCCUUGUACCAAAUCAUAAUUUGCUGCACUUCCGAAAAAAUGCAGAUUUAGAUGGGUUUGUUCCAGAUCUUUCAGCAAAAACACGACAUUCACAUGAAAUAUAUCAGUUAAAGGUUUCAACAGAGCCAGGAAAUGGACUUUUCGAAGUCUCCAUGCGAUACAAUAUACAAGAAGACAGCUUUACCAUUCGGAUUGAAGAUGUAAGCCGCAUAAAUCGUUAUGGGAGUGCCGCUUCCUGCCUAAGUAGUGCUGAUCAUCAUUUAAGCAAGUACUGUUACUGCAAACUUCGACAACCAAAUGAGCAUUGAAAAUGUUUAAAUAUUGUCCACACGGGCUAUUAUUUGGAGGGGGUACUAAAACAGUUUGCCUUCUUUUAAUGACUCCAUCUAUGAUGUAUUUUUCCUUUUUUACUGUUUUUGUGUGUGAAUUUGUAGUGGAAGUGAUACGAGCAUAACUGAUGAUUGACAAACUACUGAAGAAAUUGUCAGUCCCAAGCAGAUAUUCAGCCUCAAUCUGAGCGCCGUGAGUUCAGAUCUUUGCUUUUCUCAUAUAUCCUUUAUUGCAUUGUGCACAUAUCUUCAACAGAUAUGUGCAUCUACGUCUAUAAUCUGCGAGUAGAGGGUAAGUGUUUUUAUGUUCUGUGUUAACUACAUGAAGUCAGUAAGAGACGAAAAUCAAAAUAAAUGUUGCACAGUGAUACUGUUUUGAUAUUAUGUAGUUCUAAUAACAAAUAUUUGUCUUACACCAAUGAGAUCUGUUAACCAAUGUGAUAUAUAAAAAUGGAAACAUAUGUUCAGCACCAGGAAUAGUCAAAUGUCUUGCCAUUUUCUAAACUGGUGCACAUUUUUAAUAUUUAAUUAGCUAUUAAAAGCUCAAGAUGACACAUAACACUUCCUUGCUUCCUUUCAGACCAUCAUUGUCAUUAAUGACAGGUUCUGUACAAUGCAGAUAUUCCACAUUUCAUUUAAAUUUGAACAUUGAGUUGUUCAUGAUACUUGAUAAGAGAAUUCCUACAAUGGCAUUUACUUUGUUUUAUAAAGUUGCUUGCCUUUCUUAUGCUAGUCAGUGUACAGUUAUUUAUGAAAAAAUGACUUACUUAAGUUUAAAAUAAAUACAAAAGUCAGAUACCAUUUAUAUGUGUUAUUGUUGUGUAGUUUUAACCUGCCAGACUGUCAUUUUUAUAUGGAAAUUUAACACGGUUGUAAGGAGCUAUGCUAGUCAUUCCAUGUCUUUAAAAAAACUGAUUAUUUUGAUUUAAUGUUGCCAGUAUUUUUUUCCUCCUCCUGUAAAAUGGUGUGUGUGUAUACUGUGGAUACUAGCUUAAAAAGUUAUUUUAGAAAUAGAAAUUUGAAGAAAUGUAAACAGGCAAGGAUUGUCAAAGGAGUUGAAGAAAGCUAUUUUUAUAUUUCAUAAGGCUGGAAUAAUGUUUGUAAGUAGAAUAAUGGAGAAAAGUACCACAAAGCAGCAUAUGUACCUCUGAAUAUUUGUUAGUUGUUAUAUUCCCGUAUGCCAUGUAGUAUACAUAUUUCCUAAUUUUGUAUGUGUAAUUAUUACUAUUAUUUAUUUAUUAUUAUUGUUGUUGUUAUCAUCAUGAUAAUCAUCAACACUUGUGUUACAGUGGCAGAGGUAUGCAACUCUGAGACAUUUAUAAGAUUAAUAAUGUUCCAGAAAUGUACUGACAAUGUAAAUUACCUAAAACAUUCAUGCUUACACAGCAUACUUUGCUGUAUGAUAACAUUUUUAUACUGAAGUUAAUAAUACUGCAUUUGGUAAUACUCAGGAUCCAUUUUGUUAAAAUUGCUGUAUUAAGACUUAAUAAUCAGUACUGUAUUUAUAUGAAUUGCAAGUUUGUGUGUCAUAAAUUGUUACCAAAACUGUAAAGACACAAAUGUCACUGAAUACAUUUGUUAUUAUUUUUA